AAUGCUUCUGGCUUCGCUUUACUGAUCACGACAUGAGAUCAUAGUUGUUAUGAAUCAUAAAUGCAGAGACCCUUUGAACAUGGCAGACGGUUUACGUCGGCUCUAACAAAAGCUGCAUAAUAUGCGAGCUGCUUUCAAUAUUCCACUUCAUUCAACUUAGGAAGGCGGCUUUUCUAUGCGCAGACACCUUGAAUACGCGGUUUCAGUUCAAAUUCCGGCGUGUGUAGAAUGAAUCGUGUACUUAGAACGCGGGCGUAUACGCGUCAAUAGAAGAUCACAAUAUAAGGACGAGACAUCGAUAAAUACCUAUGAUUUUAGUGUCAAACUCAAGAGCAUAGCGCGUAAGUCGACAGGGAUCCUGCAGAGUAGACGAAUGAGUCUUUUCAAAAUCGUCUUCGUUUUUGUACUCUUCGCUCCGGUGUGCCUUACGCUUCAUCAGGCGCUAAAGCUUGAUCAACUCAAAACUGACUUACUCAGCUUACUGGAAGUGAAGGAAAAGCCAUCCGUUUCACGAACAAGAUAUCAAGUACCUCGGUAUGUCAUUGACUUAUACAGAAAGCAGGCAUUCAUCGAUGGAUUUACAAAGGAUGGAGUCGCCCCUGGAAGAACUAUCCGCACAUUCUUCCGAAGGCCUAAAGACAAACGCGGUCCACACAAGCACUUGUUUACAUUCAAUGUAACAGCGAUAAGGAAGUCAGAGAAAGUUGCACAUGCCGAGCUUCGAAUCUUCAAACGUCGUUCAAGAUUGAAGCGAUGUGGAUAUUUUGAAGUCACUGUUUCUCGUCUGUUUCGACGUUGGGAGAAAGGAAGCAAAAAGUGGAAGAGAAAAAUGGAAGCGAUCGAUUCAACACUAGUGAAGUGCCGUCGUGUAGGAGAGUGGAUGACAUUCAAUGUCACUACAGCUGUGAAAUACUGGGCAAAGUACCCAUCGAAAAACUUCGGUCUUUGGGUCUCAAUUCGCGGUCAUAAUGCACCGCCGUCUGACUUCCAUGUGGCCACAGGUGGGCGAAAAGAUCCAUUCUUGGUCGAAUUUGGAAUUGACAGAGCAAAAUUACAAAAAGCAAAACGGGUUCGAGUUGAAGAAAAGUCAACCAAGAAAAAAGGCAAAUCGAGCAAAGAGGUUGAUCGUAACCCCACCGUCGACAAGAAGUCUGCGGAUACGUCUGUGCAUACAAGAAGUAGAAGAUCAACUUCAAAUCUGUGCAAACGACACAGGUUGUUUGUGAAAUUUCAAGAUUUGACUUGGGAUAACUGGAUUAUUGCUCCUAAGGGCUUUAGUAUGUACUAUUGCACGGGGGUAUGUCCAGAAGUUAUCCAAAAAUUCUUCGAUCCUACCAAUCACGCAAUAAUACAAAAUUUGUUACAUCACCGGUACAGUAAAUCUGUACCAGCAGCGUGCUGUGUGCCGACCAAACUCCACUCUAUCACGAUGCUAUACUUUGAAAAGGAUGGCAGCAUAGUUCUUAAAGAGUAUGGUGAGAUGGUGGCGUCGACGUGUGGAUGUCGGUGACCGUGAAUAGAAGACAAUCUGAUAAAAUUGCACUCAUGAAUAGUUGAGUAGAACUAAAGACAGAAAAAUUAUUAUUUAUAUUAAUAUUUUAGCUUUGUUGCAUAGAUAUACAUCGGGUUUUCCAAUUGAAAACAGUCAAACUCACAUUGGUUUGACAAUUUAAUUAAAUUUUCUUUUGGCAAAGCAAGGUGAAAAAAAUAAGGAAAUUAACUAAAGUUUGCAAACUUUUUGUAGAGGAAUUUAAUUUAUGGUAUACUAAAUUGUAGACAGAUUGCUAUUAUUUUAGACAAUAAUUACUCAGAAGUGCGCAAUAAUCCAAAUAUCUUUUAAGGAGACGACUUAUUAGGCCUGAUCACCACGUUUGAAGAGUUUUUAUCUAUUAUAGCCAUUUAUCCCCAUCAGAUUACGUCGACAGAGGGUCUUAUUUUUACCAAGUUGAGUCAAUUCUCCUUGUUCUCAUAAUCUAUUUUUCUCGCAUGAAAUUAUUUUUGUAAUAGAUGAACUGAGUAGAUUUCCCCUGGUGCUGUCCCAGCCUGCCUCUCUGGAGCCCCUAAUUUCCGGUCUUCGUUUAGCCCAGAGUUUAGCAGGCAAAAUCAUUUGAAAUUUGCAUAAUCCCAAGACUUUAGCUGCAGUAAUAUCACGCUUGCUUACCCAAGCCAAGAAUAUAAAACCUUCACUGUUCAUAUAAACGAUCCUGAGCACAAAGAUGUACCUUAAUUCUAUAAUAGCAAAAUACUUAAUAACAUUGUCGUCAUUUCUCUAUCAUAAGCAGUUCGAAAGUAAUUAGCAUAAACAAAAAAUUGAAUAGCAGAAGUUUCAGACUUCAUGCAAAUAAACCAUGAAUGUUAUAAACAUU